GAGGCGAGGCACGCGGGGGUUCCCGAGCCUGGCUCCGCGCCAGGCCUGCGCCCUUCGGCCCUGGGGCCACGGGGGCGGCCGCGCCCGGGAGCGGGAGGCUAGCACGCGGGGUCGGGCGGCUCAGCAGGCGCAGCCAUGGGCUCCCUCGGCUCCCACGCCGCGCGCAUCCCCGACGCGGACAGCAUCCGGCGGGAGACCGGCUUCUCGCAGGCCAGUCUGCUCCGCCUCUACCACCGGUUUCGGGCACUGGACAGGAACAAGAAGGGCUACCUGAGCCGCAUGGAUCUGCAGCAGAUUGGGGCUCUGGCCGUGAACCCCCUGGGAGAACGCAUUAUAGACAGCUUCUUCCCUGAUGGGAAUCUGCGUCUGGAUUUCCCAGGCUUUGUCAGAGUCCUGGCUCAUUUUCGCCCCAUCGAUGAUGAGGACCCAGGAAUUCGAGACCCCAAGGAACCUGAACCCCUCAACAGCAGAAUGAACAAACUUCGCUUCGCAUUUCAGCUCUAUGACCUGGACCGGGACGGAAAGAUCUCCCGGCACGAGAUGCUACAGGUCCUCCGGCUGAUGGUUGGGGUGCAGGUGACAGAAGAGCAGUUGGAGAGCAUCGCUGAUCGCACGGUGCAGGAAGCGGAUGAAGACGGAGAUGGGGCUGUGUCCUUCCUGGAGUUCACCAAGUCCUUGGAGAAGAUGGACAUCGAACAGAAAAUGAGCAUACGGAUCCUGAAGUGACCCCCUUUGUGCCUUUGGCUGCCUUACACAGACCAGUUCAGCCCGGGAUUUGUCUUCAGCCCCUGCAGAGGCAGGGCCCCAAUAAACUGUAUUCUUGUGUCUAAGCUAAACUCUCUUUGGGGCCAAGGAAGGCAAGCUGGAAGCGUGUGUACCGAAUAAAGUCGAGCUCAUUUGAUGUCA